UGAUGCGUAAAGUAAAUGUGAUAUUAUGUUUAAUACAAUAUAAUUAGAGCCAUAUUGAAAUAUUACAUCUAAUAUGUGACCAGUCGAUAUAAUACAAAAAUUAUAAGUCUUAUAAAAAUAACUGGCAUUAAAAUAUUUUAUAUACAAUAAUACACUAAUACCGUAGCAAGCAAAAGUAAAUAAUUAAGAAUUGAAAAUUCAAAAAGUUCAUCAACUCUUAAAAAUCAUUAAUAAAUUCAAUCUUCUCGUAUUUUGUAUUUGUGGGUUUUAUAUGUUUAGUUGUUUUUAAUAAAUUAUGAAUUCAUAUAUGAUAUAACAUACCGAAUAAGACUAAUAGAUUGAAUACAAAGAAGUUAGUUUCUGUGAUUGCAGUGUUUAACAUUCAUAAUAUAAUGUAUUAACAAUUGUUUAAAUAAUAAAAGAGUGCCUUAUUUGAAACUAGAAAAUUUUAUAAAUACUAUGUCAUAAGUAUAAUAUCUCUUUAAUACUUCUACAUGAAGAGAAAAUAGUAUAAAUAUUAAUGGGAUUAAGAAACAUUAUAUGCCAAAUGAUAAUUAUAAAUAGUAUUACUAAAUACUUUUAUGUACAGAAUAUGUAUUAAAUAUAUUUAAUUUAACAUAAUAGCAUUGUCAAUUCUAAAUGGAAUUAAAUAACAGGAUUUAACAUAACCACAAGUAAUGUUACAUAAAUAGAACCAUGAAAAUGUAUAGACUAAUGCAUCAUCAAAGAUAUGUUUUUCAAAAUCAAAAACUUUUACCUCUCACAUAUACCUGUAUGCGAUUUCAAAUACAAGAAGGGAAAAAGAUAGAAAAACAUAGAAUAUCUGACAUCAAAAGUUAUUGGUUUGAUAAAUAUAUAAAUUAUAUUAAGAAUUAUGAACAAGUACUGGAAAAAAAUUUUCCAAAGACAAUGCAUGUAUAUCGUAUAUUUAGUAUUGGUACCAAAGAUUUUAUUCAAGAGGUAAAAAAAUUUCUUCUGGUAAUGAAAAAGCAAAAUAUUGAUGGAGAUGGUAAUUUAACUGCAGAUGAACUAAGGUUGAACUAUACAAUGCGUAAAGAUUUAAUAAAGAUAUUUCCUGUGUUACUAAUAUCUGCCAUUCCUUUUACAAAUUACAUCAUCUUUCCUUUAGCAUAUUAUUUUCCAAGAUAUCUUUUAACUUCUCAUUAUUGGACAUUACAACAAAAAUUGGAUUUUAUGCUACUGGAUCAUAAGAAAAGAUUAAAACAUAACAGACCAUUGUUUAGGUGCAUGCAAGCAGAGCUUAACAAUGUUAAAAAUCAAACACUGAAAUUAAAAUGGAGUGGUAUUAUUGCAUGUAUUGGCAGUGGUACACAUCCUAAUGUGAAAGAUAUUAUUGCCUGUUCUGAAUUAUUUACGGGUCCACCAUAUUCAUUAAAUAGUCUUAAAAGAAAACAUACAAAAGAAUUACUUGGUAUAUAUAAUAUAUCUACUUGGACACCUUUUAAAAGAAAAAAAUUAACAGAACGGGCUAUGUUAAUAAAACAAAUGGAUCAAGCAAUACAAAAAGAAGGUGGACCUACUACAAUGUCAAAUGAUGCAAUACGUUGGGCACUUUCAUUUAGGGGUGUAAGUCCUGCAACUAUGUCCUUAGAAAGUAUGAGAAAUUGGCUAGAACAAUGGUUCAUAAUAUCAAAUACAGUCGAUGAAAACACAGUUUCAUUAUUGUUACAUAGCCCAAUACUGCUGGCAUACAAUCAUCCUACUAACUGGAUCCUUUUAUACACUUAAAACAUUAUCAAAUAUUUGUUCUUUUUAUUGUAAAAAAAUGUAUAAGAAUUGUAACAAUACAAAAUUUAAAUAUUUGUGUUUGAAUUGUUUGUAUAGCAUAUAUGUAAAUAAAUAAAUUGUACAUUA